UCGAGUGGAUGCGAGCGAAGCGGAGCCCGCCCGGGAGAAGCGGUGCGGCGCCGUGCGGGGGGGAGCCUCCCGCCUGCUCCGCACGCACCAGCUUCAGCACCCGGCAGCUCACGGAGCUGGAGAAGGAGUUUCACUUCAGCCGGUACCUGUCGCGGGCCCGCCGCCUCGAGGUGGCCCGCUCGCUGCGCCUCCGCGACGCCCAGGUGAAGGUGUGGUUCCAGAACCGCCGCAUGAAGCAGAAGAAGCGGGAGCGGGAGGCGCUGGCCGCGCCCGCCGCUGUCCCGGGCGGCCCCGCCUGAGGCUCCGCCGGGGCUGCGCUGGAAGCUGCGGCCGCCGGGGCACCGGCUGUGCCUUCACGGGGACCGCCGCUGUGCAGUUCCGCUGCUUUUUCUGUUGCAACUUUAUGUACAGCUUUAUUUAUGAGGAUUCAGGGAAAACCGCCGGCCCGGAGCGCCGCUGCUCUGUGCCGGACCGGGCCGAGGCAGCGGGGGUGCAGCUCGGAGUUAGCGGAGAGCGCCGCUCCCCCAAGGCAGGGCAGCGACCGGCUCUGCCAGCUCCCCUGGGUUCGGGAGGAGGUGGGUGCGUGGAGGGGCUGCCCCGUGCUCCCGACCCUUUCUUCGUUUUGCAUUUAAAAGGAUAGAUCCAUGGGCUCAGGCAGCGCUGGUACAGAAGGGGAGAAACCCCGAGAAGGGAGAACAGGGAAACUUCCUCUUACAGGAAGGGUCAGGGAUGGUCAUGGCAUGAAUCCAAGAUCCCAUUUUGAAAGAAGUGUCCUUGUCUUCUGCCCUGCCCUUUGCAAAAUUGCUGCAAAAAAGAUGCUGGUUUUGCUUGUAUUUAUUCAUCAUUCAUUCACUCAUUCAUUCAUUCAUUCAUUCAUUCAUUCAUUCAUUCAUUCCCAUUUCUUUUCCUGAUGUGACUGAUGUAGUAAAAAUCUGAUUUUGACAGA